AUGUUUUUCAAUUCAUGGAUAAUUUUUUUGCCUAUCGUCGAUGGAGUUUUACAGCCUGUAACACAAAAUUUGGAAGUUCUUUCAGUUUCUAAAGCAAUCAAUGAAAUAAUUGACGAGUUUUAUGUAAAAAACAAAAUCCAAUUUGAUGUUCGAGUUGUUCGAGAAUAUUCUGGACUUUUGAAUCCAAUUGUUGAUGGACUUUUGGCUGUGAUUAAGGAUCAAAACUCUUAUACUUUGUAUGCUAGCAAUCCAGAUAUGAAAACUGGUUUUGGACUCAAAUCAUCGGCGAUUUUUGUUGCAUUCUCAUGCUCAGAUUACUCACUGAUCCAUAAAGUAACUCAACUGUGGAAUUAUUAUCCAAAAAACUUAAAAUUUUUGACUUUUAUUCAAAGCUGUGGACUCGAAUAUUUUAACAGUAAUUUAAAGUACAUCACCAAUACACAAAGAUUGUCAUAUGAAUCAGGAAGUUUAGACAUGUUUGAAUUCAUCCUCAUCAAUGAUCAAGACAUUUUAUACCUUACAACAAUAGAAUGGUUCACAGAAUCAGCAUGCAAUCAGCCACAACUCAUAAUCCUCAAUAAAUUCAACAAAACCUCACAAAAAUGGUUCAAAAAAUUACAAAAUUAUGAAAAAUUCAAAAAUUUUCAUGGCUGUCACUUGAUUAUGGGCAUUGAACUAGACAAAAAUGAAGGUGGAUGUUGGGACACAGCAAUUAUACAGUUUGAAGACGAAAUAAUUAUUCAACUCAUCGGAAUUGGUUCGGAAAUUUUCGGAUAUCUGUCAAAAAUUCACAAUUUUGAAUCAAAAUUUAAAUUAAUAAGCAACGAAUCAAUCUACAAUGAUGUAGAUGUGUUCCUGCCUAUAUACCGAUUUGAAUAUAUUUACAUUGGACACUUUCAUGUGACAACAAUGUUUGCACAAGCUGAAGAUAUCAUAAUUGCAACACCUGGCGAGAUGUACACUCCGUACGAGAAGCUUUUGUUACCUUUUGAUGACACGACAUGGAUUAUGCUGAACUUGACAUUUUUGGCUGCAUUUGUUGCUAUUUUAAUUAUUAAUCAAAUGCCAAAAUUCAUUCAGAAGUCAAUUUUUGGUGAAAAUGUAAAAACUCCAACAUUGAAUGUCGUCAGUACAUUUUUUGGCAUCUCACAAACUAAAGUUCCAACUGGACACAUUCCAAGAGCUAUUUUAAUAUUUUUUGUGUUCUUUUGUCUGAUUUUUCGGACCUGCUUUCAAAGUAAAAUGUUUGAGUUCAUGACAAGUGAGCCUAGACGUCCGCCUCCGAAUUCAAUGCAAGAUUUGAGGGACAGGAACUACACAGUAUAUUCGAAUCUAUUAAAAGGCUACAUUGAGGACUUAAUCAAGGAUGAUGAGUAUGAAUGGCCAAAUGUCAAAGAAGUUAGUGACUCUGAGUUCAUUCGACUCUUUACAACACAAUCACUAAAUGACUCAGCAAAGAUAUCUCUAAUCUUAAACAUUGGAAACAUCAAAGACUAUAUUCAGGAUCUUCAUAAGUCUUUUAAAUGGCACAAAAUUCCAAACUACAAGCUUCAAGUAAGCCUUACUGGAUUUAUUUUAGCUCCAAAUAAUUUUAUCUUUCACAUCCUCGAUGACCUUAUUCAGAAAUUGAUGCCAGCUGGGAUUAUUGAUUUUAUGAUUGACUCAUGUCUUACUAAUAGCUCUAAAAUUGUUGACUCAAAGCAGUUGUCAGCACUAUCUGUUGAUAACUUGACUUUUGGAUUUGUCAUUUGGUUCGGAUUUUUUUUAUUGUGCUUUCCAGUCUUUCUGUUGGAAAUUAUAACUUGGAAAGUAUUCGAGUGGAUAAAACAGAAACCAACUGACCGAGUUGGAAAUAAUGUUAAACUUGAUUCCACUGAUUAUCAAGAAGUUAAAAAAGAAAUUAGGGAAUUUUUGGCAGUUAUCAUUCAAAAAGUUGAAUUGGAUGUGAAAUUUUAA